AGCGGAGACCCUUGCUCAGGCCAGGGAGCCCUCCCACCCUCCAUCUCCUGGCGGGCGCCCCACCCAGCAGGCCUGAUGCUGCCCCUCCUUCCAGCUGGGACCCAGGUCAAGCUCGGCCAUGCCUGAGGAGCAGCUCUGGGCAGGGAGGACUCGCCUGGCAGAGACGGGGCCCAGAGAGGGCCUCGACCCCACAGGGCACCAGGCCCCACAGCUGCCCCAGGAGACGGGGUCCAGCGCAUGCAGAGGCUCGGGUCCAUAGCCCCAGGAAGCGCCCUUCCCCACGCUGGGUGGGCCCGACUGCCUGCUCCACCCAAGCGCUGGGGCCUCGGGGAGAUGGAAGGUCCCAUAGGAGGGUCAGAGCGGCAUCUUCCCUGCAGGGCCCUCACCCUGGUGCCCCCCCGGCUAGUGGCCAGCAGCCACGCCCGGUUCGCCCAGCACCAGGGAUGGCCCACUAGGACCCGAGCCAGCUCCAAGAGGGGCAAGCAGCGAAGGAGUCAGCCGCGCCCAGCUCGAGUCUCGGUGAAUAGAGCAGCCCUGGGCGGCCUCCUCCUUUCCAAGGCCAGGGCCACCCUGGGACAGGCGGCCCAUCCCCCGGGAAGUCAGUCUCAUAGGGUGGGACCAGGACCCACGCACGGCCAUGCCCCACUGCUCUGAGAGGGACCUGCUGUGGACACUGGCUCUGCAGGCACAGAGGGAGACGCCGCAGUCCACGGCCCAGGUUCUGUCCAGCUGGUACCACCCCCAGAGGCAGCCACGGGUGGCACUGCCCCUGCCUGUGGCCAGAAGGGCAGCCCCCCUUGUCCCCUGCCUGGUAAUGGCCCCUCGGGUCACCCGUGACGUCAUCAUGGCCAUUGUGACCCCUGCCCUCCUGGGGCCACCCCUGCUGCCAAGUCUGCACCCAGCACAGGCCUCUCUGCCCAGUCCCUGCCCUGUGCCAGGCCGCUGCCCUGUUGGUGAGAAGGGUGGGGGCCCUCCCUGCCCCUGCUCUGAGCUCCGUGCCCUCACCUGGACCCUGCCAGCAGGAAGCCAGGCCCUGGAGGGUGGUUGCGGCUCCUCCCCAGCUGUGAGCAGUCCCCGGGCUGUCCAGCCGCGUGGGAGCUUGGGCUGAACUUGAGCCCCAGACAGGCCGGGGGGAUUGUCCAGGCUUGUGACGAACGGGCUGGGAUGCAACUGGCUGGCAAGGGUCCCGGCUCAGUGGACGGCUCCCGUAGCCAUCCCUGUGGCACCCCACCCAUUCACAGGCCCAGCCCAUGAGAGGCCAAUGGGGAGUGGCCAGGAGGAGGGACUCCCAAGUCAGCCAGGCCAGCCAGACCACGAUGCAGGCGGGCACUGUGGGCCAGACCUGGAGGGGGCAGGAAGAGCCUCUGCCACGCCCACAACCCCUGGGCUCCCGACCAGCUGCCCACCUGCAGACCCGGAUGACGCUGAGGCCGCUGGGACCCCAGCUGCCCUCCUGGAGGGGCUCCUGCUGGGGGGUGGGAAGCCAUCGUCCCACAGCACCCAGCCCGGGCCCUUCUUCUACAUUGGAGGCAGCAACGGGGCCUCAAUCAUCAGCUCCUACUGCAAAAGCAAGGGCUGGAAGCGCAUCCAGGACAGCGGCCGGGAGGACUACAUGCUGAAGUGGUGCGAGGUCAAGAGCCGGGACAGCUACAGCAGCUUCCGGGAAGGAGAGCAGCUGCUGUACCAGCUUCCCAACAAUAAGCUCCUCACCACCAAGAUCGGGCUGCUCAGCACCCUCCGGGGGCGGGCACGGGCCAUGGGCAAGGCCAGCAAGGUGCCAGGCGGCCCCCAGGCCAGGUUGGGAAAGGACGCAGCAGCGGCCACCCUGGAGGACCUCCCGUGGACAAGCCCAGGACACCUCAGGCCACAGAGGGUCCUGAGAAUGGAAGAGUUUUUCCCAGAGACCUACCGUCUGGACGUCAAGGACGAGAGAGAAGCUUUCUUCACCCUCUUUGACGACACCCAAAUGUGGAUCUGCAAGCCCACGGCCUCCAACCAGGGCAAAGGCAUCUUCCUGCUCCAGAGCCAGGAGGAAGUCGCCGCCCUGCAGGCCAAGACCCAGAGCAUCGAGGACGACCCUGUCUACCACAAGCUGCGGCUCCGGGGGCCUCAGGCGCGGGUGGUGCAGCGGUACAUCCAGAACCCGCUGCUGCUGGACGGGAGGAAGUUCGACGUGCGCUCCUACCUGCUCAUCGCCUGUGCCGUGCCCUACAUGGUCUUCUUCGGCCACGGCUACGCCCGCCUCACCCUCAGCCUCUACGACCCCCGUUCCAGCGACCUCAGCAGCCACCUGACCAACCAGUUCAUGCAGAAGAAGAACCCCCUGUACGUGCUGCUGAAGGAGGACACAGUGUGGAGCAUGGAGCGUCUCAACCACCACAUCAAUGACACCUUUAGGAAGGCCCGGGGCCUCCCCAGGGACUGGGUCUUCACCACUCUCACGAAGCGGAUGCAGCAGAUCAUGGUCCACUGCUUCCUGGCCGCCAAGUCCAAGCUGGAGUGCAAGCUGGGUUACUUUGACCUCAUCGGCUGUGACUUCCUGAUUGACGACAACUUCAAGGUGUGGCUGCUGGAGAUGAAUUCCAACCCCGCCCUGCACACCAACUGCCAGGUCCUGAAGGAGGUCAUCCCAGGUGUGGUCAUGGAGACCCUGGACUUGGCGCUGGAGACCUUCCAGAAGAGCUUGCGCGGCCAGAAGAUGCUGCCCCUGCGGACCCAGCGCCGAUUCGUGCUCCUGCACACCGGUGAGGCCGAGCAGAGGCUGCGUCCUGGGGCCCCGAGCAGCCUUCCCGGCCGGCUCCCCCGUGACCCCCGCCAGGCCGAGUCCUCCGGGCUGCCCACGCCUCACGCCCCAGCCCGGCCGGGUGCCCGCAGACCCACACUACCUCCCUCGGCCCCCUGGCAGCCCCGGCCACCCAGCCCUGGCUCCCGCCCGGGCCCUGACAACGCCCACGACAGGGAGCCCCAGGCCCCAGGCACUGAGCGGCCAGGCGGGGGCGACAGGGACCUGGUGCAAGAGCCUUCCCCAGGGACAGCCCAGGAGGAGCACAAGGAGCUCAGGAACACAAGACCCCAGGGGGGUGGGUCACCCGAGCCCCACCCCCCACCCCACCAUGCUGCCCCUGCCACGCUGCCCACCCUCAGGGACCAAUAAAGGCUACUUUGUUACAAACAUGAUCUCUGCACCAUCCUGUUGCUUCAGCACCACCAAGCCUAUGCC